AACACAAACGGCAAGUCAAUCUUUGAGUUUCCCUUUUGGUAUAUAGAUUGGGAAUUUCUCACCGAAACAAGCAAGUAAGCUUCAAAAAUGGGGGAAGAAGAAGAGAACCCUAAUUCGAUCGAUAUACUUCCCGAUUUACUGGAAGAAGUUUUCCUUCGAUUGCCCACAAAAUCGAUUCUCAAAUGCAGAACCGUCUCAAAACAAUGGAGAUCAAUCCUGGAAUCGAAGAGGUUCGCGGAGAGGCAUAUGAGUCUUCAAAAGAGCCGCCGGAAAAUUCUAGCUGCUUACAACUGCGACUGCGGCGGACGGAGGAGGCUCCUACCCGAGUCACGGUUUGAAGGGGACGAAGAGAUUGUCUAUCUGCACUGCGACGCCUCACGACCCUCGAUGACUUGUCAAGGUUUGGUCUGCUUCCCCGAGCAAGAUUGGAUCAUCGUUUUGAACCCGUCGACCAGACAACUCCGGAGAUUCCCUUCUGGCUUGAACCAUAACUGCAGAUUUGGAAUCGGAUUAUGGAAGACUUUCUCUCCGGGAAACUGGGUAAUGGGAUUUGGUAGAGACAAAUUUAAUGGUAGAUAUAAAGUUGUGCGGAUGUCUUUUUCUUUCCGGAGACUUAGGCAAGAGGAACCUGUGGUGGAAUGUGGUCUUCUUGAUGUUGAUACUGGUGAAUGGCGGAAGCUGAGUCCACCUCCUUAUGUGGUCAAUGUGGGAAGCAAAUCGGUAUGUGUGAAUGGAUCUAUCUACUGGUUACACAUUCAGACGGUUUACAGAAUACUGGCCUUGGAUCUUCACAAAGAAGAGUUUCAUAAAGUCCCACUUCCGCCUACGCUGGUCACGCUGGACACUCAGAUGGUGAACCUUGAGGACCGUCUAGUCCUUGCUAUAACCAGAGUUAGGCCUGAAUGGAUACUAGAGAUAUGGGGCAUGGAUACAUACAAAGAAAAAUGGAGCAAGAUUUACUCCAUAAGUUUGGAUCAUAGAGUUGUUUCCUGGCGAAGGCAGAAAAGGUGGUUCACGCCUGUGGCAGUUUCUAAGCAAGGGAAUCUUGUCUUCUAUGACAAUAAGAAGAGGCUGUUCAAAUUUUAUCCAGUGGAAGAUGAGAUUCGUUGUCUCUCGUUAGACACUUGUGUUAUGUCUCCUUAUGUGGAAAACUUGGUCCCUCUUCCGUUAAAACCAAGCCAUCCGCAUCCUGCUCCGAAAAAUUCGGAUUUUGAAAUGAGGAUAUCCAGAUGCCGCUUGUUUUCGACGCCAGGUUCUUGGAUAUCCAAAAUUUUGAAACGGAAUGUUAUGAUUCUAGAGAUUUUGUUUACCUCUUUAGCAAUAGUUGGUUAUAUAUGCUUACCUCUCUAGGAGUUACUUAUCUGGUGUCAAACUAUUAUUUGGUUCCGCUUACUUCGAGAUCUUAUGAUAUUUAUUUUGCCAACUUAAUUUU